UACUGGUUGACGUUGACAGUCUGUAGGACACUUCCUGAUGCUGCUCCCCGGGUCUAGCUAGGCUAGCUAAAGAUUUGGAUUCUCACCCUUUAAGACCCGUUAAACACAAAGUGAUUAAGUCGUCUGAUUCAGUGGUGGGAGCCUUAGAGGUCAGAGGGCAACAUGAACGGCCAGCUGGACCUGAGUGGGAAGCUGAUCAUCAAAGCCCAGUUGGGCGACGACAUUAGACGCAUUCCUAUCCAUAAUGAAGACAUUACGUAUGAUGAGCUGGUGCUGAUGAUGCAGCGUGUUUUCCGGGGCAAGCUACAGAGCAACGAUGAGGUCACCAUCAAAUACAAGGAUGAAGAUGAUGAUCUCAUCACUAUUUUUGACAGUUCUGAUCUUUCUUUUGCAAUCCAGUGCAGUAGAAUACUCAAACUGACAUUAUUUGUAAAUGGUCAGCCACGGCCUUUGGAGUCCAGUCAGGUGAAAUAUUUGCGCAGAGAGCUGAUUGAGCUCAGGAAUAAAGUAAACAACCUCCUUGACAGUCUGGAGCCCCCCUCAGAGCCUGGUCUGACUUCUACAGCUCUGGAAAGUGAGUCGGUGGAUGGACGUGAUGGGAAGGUUGUAGCAGCAGACACUUCAGUGAAACAGGCCCCUCCGGUCAGUGCAGCCAGCAUGUCAGCCUUUGAUCCAUUAAAAAACCAGGACGAGGUCAGCAAAAAUGUAAUCUCUGCUUUCGGUCUGAGUGAGGACCAAGCCCCAGUGGCCCCAGCAGCUGCAGCAGAGGAGCGCUCAGGAACACCUGACAGCAUCGCUUCCUCCUCUGCAGCACCUCAGCCUGGAGUGCCCCCUCAGCCACAGGCUCCUUAUGCUGGAGUACAGCAGGGACCCCCGGCUGGAAUGGAUGGUCAGGUGUAUCAGCAGUACCAGGCUCCAGGUGGAUACCCUCCUCAGCAACCAGGUGCCCCACCGCAGCAGCAGUACAGUUUGCAGUACCCUGCAGGAUACAGCUCUCAGCCUGGAGCCCCGCCUCCCGGCCCUCCACAGCAGCAGCAGCAGCAGCAGCAGCAGUUUCAGAACUACCCUCCACCCACCUCCCAGGCUCCUGGCACUGGUCCCGCACCAACUCCUGGCUUUCAGGGGGGGCAGCAGCAACCCCAUCCACCUCAGGGAGCUCAACAAUAUCCACCAGGAGCCUUCCCUCCGCAAAACUAUACCUCCCAGGCCUCCCAGCCUGCCAACUACAGCAUGCCACMGAGCUCCCAGCCCGGCUCAGGGUAUCAACCCCGCCCAGGGUAUACCCCGCCUCCAGGUAACCCUGGCACUCCUCCACCCGGAGCUGCUAAUCCUUACGCCCGCAAUCGUCCCCCUUAUGGGCAGGGCUAUACUCAGCCAGGUCCUGGAUACCGGUAAAAGAAAAUAGUUAUUUUUGGUCCUCAGACACCCCUGAACCCCACCCCCAUCAUCACCCAUAUUUGGCUCCAACUGUUUAAAGUGGGUGCAGAAAGUCUUUCUGCUGCAAUGUGACCCACUCGUACAAAUAUCAAAUCCAACAAAAAAAAACAAGCAACCCCCCUUCUGUCUGAUAGUUGAUCUGUCCUACGCCUCUCUGUUCUGACCCGACUGGAUCUUCAUGUCUUAUUCCCCGUCCAGCUGCUCCACCCUCCUGUGUCCUCAGUGUAACAAUGUAACCAGUCUGUCUGCACACCUGGCAAACCAAAACAGGCUAUUCUACAAACCGCUCCUUUUCCUGUAAAGGUAACUUUGCGAGUGAGCUCAGCCAUUUUGYCACAAAAAUCUUAAGAGAUGACAGUUUAGAUGCAGUCAUAAAACACUAUCAUGAUACAGUUAUCUCACCCCUCCCUUUUUUUUUUUCUUUAUUUGAUCAACACCGUGUUGGUAUUAAUGACAUGUUAGUGCAAACUGCCCCCAUGUUGGGAACACUAGUGAAAGACUAGAUCUGAGUCAUGAAGGGUUUUGUUUCUUAUAUAUCUCCUCCAGUACAGCUUGCUGUUCCUUUAAAUCCUUAUCUCACUGGUUUUUACUAAUAUAUCAACUCAGAUUCCACUCAAGUGAUAUUAGUUGUUUAUGUAAAUGUUAACAUUUUUUCUUGAACCUAAUAAAUGAUUGAAACCCA